AUGCCAUCGUCUCAAUAUGCAACUCCAAAGUGGUGGAAGGAAGCUGUGGUUUACCAAAUCUAUCCCGCGAGUUUCAAAAGCAGUAAACCUCCAGCCCAGGCAGAUGGAUGGGGCGAUGUGCGUGGCAUAAGGGAGAAAGUGCCAUAUUUGAAAAGUCUGGGAGUUGACGUUGUCUGGACAAGUCCUAUUUACAAAUCUCCGCAAGUCGAUAUGGGCUACGAUAUCUCCGACUAUAAAUCAAUUGACUCGCGCUAUGGAACCAUGGCUGACGUCGACCUGCUGAUUGAAACUCUCAAAGAACACGAUAUGAAGCUUAUGAUGGACCUCGUUGUGACUCAUACCUCAGAUCAGCAUGGUUGGUUUCUGGAAUCCGCUCGGUCGAAAAACUCCUCAAAGCGCGAUUGGUAUAUCUGGAAGCCGCCGCGCGGAUACGACUCUGUGGGGAACCCUCUGCCUCCAAAUAACUGGGCCCAAAUCUUGAACGAUUCCCAUAGUGCUUGGACCUGGAGUGAAGCAACCCAGGAAUUCUAUUUGACUCUCCACACCCCGGAACAAGUUGAUCUGAACUGGGAGAAUCCCGAUGUGGUCGCUGCCGUGCACGAUGUUAUGCACUUCUGGCUGAGCCGAGGAGUUUCGGGAUUUCGAAUGGAUGUAAUCAAUUUGAUUUCGAAGAAUUCCUCAUUCCCUGAUGCUCCGGUCAUCGACCCAGGUUGCGAGUUCCAGCCCGGAGAGAGAUUUUACACCAAUGGCCCGCGCUUCCAUGAGUUCAUGCAUGGAAUGUAUGAGAAUGUUCUGUCCAAGUAUGACACCAUCACCGUCGGUGAAACCGCCUAUGUCAGCGACAUAAGCGAAAUCAUCAAGACAGUCGGAUCAACUGCCAAAGAACUGAAUAUGAUCUUUAUCUUCGACCACAUGGAAAUUGCGGAUGUCAAGACCAAAGGAGAUUCGAAAUGGAGUUUCCGCGACUGGAAAUUGACAGAGCUCAAACAAAUCUUCUCCAAGUGGCAAAGAAACAUGAUCGAAUGGGAUGGAUGGAAUGCACUCUUCUUGGAGUGCCACGAUCAGGCGCGCUCUGUAUCUCGCUACGUGGACGACAGCGACAAGUUCCGCACGCGUGGUAGCAAGCUACUUGCGCUUCUGCAAUCGACUCUCGGUGGUACCUUGUAUCUUUACCAGGGUCAGGAGAUUGGAAUGCGAAACUUUCCAGCGGACUGGAAUCCGGAUGUCGAUUACAAGGACGUAGAAAGCCUCAACUUUUGGCAGCAGACGAAGAAGCUCUAUUCCAACGACCCAGUACAAAUAGAAAAAGCAAGAGAACUUCUCCAGAAAAAAGCCAGGGACCACGCCCGAACGCCAAUGCAGUGGAACAACGAGUCUAAUUCAGGGUUUGCAGCAUCCAACAUUACACCAUGGAUGAGAAUGAAUGAUGACUUUAGGAUUGUGAAUGUGAAAGCGCAGAUGGAGUGCGAAAGCCGAGAUCUGUCUGUCUGGCAAUACUGGCAGCUCGUUCUACGUGAGCGCAAGACCUACAAGGAUGCCUUUGUGUAUGGCGACUACCAGGACCUGGACUUUGAGAAAGAGCAGAUCUAUGCAUACCUGAGGACGGGUGCUCAAACGAAACAGAAGUGGUUGGUCGUGUUGAACUGGACUGGCGAGGAUGUGGCCUGGAAGAUCCCUGGGUCGGUAGAGGUGGAUUGGAUGGCUCCUUCUUCAAUCCAAAGACACAUUCCCGUUGGUGAUGGGGCAACUAUCAGGCUUCAAGCCUGGGAAGGAGUUAUGAUCCGCUGCAAAUCAGGUUAG